CUACGUUAAAUAGAUAUAAAGAUGGCUUACGAACGAUAGUGCAUUUCCGCCAAAGUAUUCUCGCGUUUUCUUCCACCGGCACAAAAGUUGAGGGGCAAUCAUAUUCAUAUAACUGUAAAAUGAAACUGCUAACAGCAAACUUUCUUACUUGUGCAAGCAAAAAGUGCAGCUCUUCUCCCGAUGCCUUUCCUUUGAACAUCUCCGAUGCGAAAAUUGCUAUUCAGGAAUGUGAAAUGAACCCUGAGUUCAUAAAAAACGUGAUGCUGCGAGUCGAAUGGCCAGCAUUAGUUAAAACAACGCAGCAGUUGGGAAACAACACAUUGCCGAUGGAAAAACCAGAGCUGACAGAUGAAUCGGAUGAGCUCCUCUUCAAGUCUCUUCAUAAUGUUUUGUUGGAAACUGAAAUCACCGAGGGGAAAAUGACAUGCGGCAGUUGCGGCCAUGUUUAUCCUAUUGUUGAGGGCAUUCCUAACAUGUUGCUCUCCGAAACUGAAGUGUAAACUAUAAUCUCUUAGCUAAAAUAUAUAUGGGUUUUUUGGAUACUGUUUCAUGCAUGAUCUAGUUAGUUGACUGCGACUCUGGUUACUAAAUCCCAGUUUUGGCCUGCUGAACAUGCAGCACUUGAAGGCUGGUCUGCUAUCUAAACUUAUCUUAUCUUUCGAGUCUAUUGACACAAGAAAAACUCCCCGACUCCACGUGAACUCGCUUAUUUUUGGGCACAACCUUAUUAUUCUUUAAACAGAAGCACAGCAAAGAGGUAGUCGAC